UCCACCUACGAAGGUAUGCAGAUAUCAAUGUUUAAAUGCAUUCACACGACCUAAGCUGACAUACAGUUUUCUGAAAAUGAGAGUUCUCCUCCUGUUCAUCGUAAGCCGGUUUGGAUUGUGCCAAGACAACAUUGAAGCGUCCGUCGAUAUUUUGAAGCCACAUCCGGGGUUGAGAAGCUGUACUCUCCCCAGGGAGUUUACAGUGACUGUAAGGACGCAUAAUGAGUCCGCCACACUCCGGCUGGUGACCAGCACGUCAGUGAAGUCUACAGCCCCAGUAUAUGUGUGUAGACAGGAGAAGGGAAACCCGGUCAUCGUCAGAGAUACAGUGUUGGACCCGGAAAGAACAGCCGAGUACCAGGAUGUGACUCAUCUGUCUAACAUGGAGGUGUCCUGUGUCAUGAAAAAGAACAGCAAACCAUAUUAUAUAUUUGAAGGCUUCCUCGUGUUCUCUGGACGAAGCAUGUUUGAACUAAAGCCGACAAGAUCUGCCUCUGGUGAUGUCAAAUACACACUUACAUCUACAACAGUGCACAACAAACAGAUAGAUGCUGAUGAUGAUGGUGAAAAUGGUCGAUCAGGGAAUGGUGGUUCAGGAAGUGCCUGGGAGAGUAUGGCAUCACAUUCGUUGAGGAAGAAGCGCCAGAUUCAAUCGCCAAUCUAUGUGGACGUCAUCGCAGUUUUAGAGUUGUCAGUUUAUAAAAGAUGGCUUUCCAGAGCAACCCAACCGACCCCAGCCUUAAAGGACCAGGAAACAAAACAAGGCCUCAGAAGACACUUUGCACAUCUUUUAAAUGGGGAUGAGCUGUCACCCAAACCGUUCCAAAACGCUAUAGUUAAUGAAACGAAGAUAGAAGGCAACCAACUCCUCAAUGACAUCAUCAACUGGAAGGCUGACACACCAGGGUUCCCUGACAAUGACCACGUUGUUGUGUUCACGGCGCUCGACCUAUUCGCUAUAGCCGGAAACACCACAGACCUGCUUGGAUACGCUGAAAUAGGAGCAGUAUGUGAGUACCCGGAAGACAGCGUGUCAGCUGUGGAGUACACAGACAACCUGGUGGACGAUAUGCUCGUCACAACACACGAAAUCGGACAUGCGCUCAGCGCCCUUCAUGACGGGGACCAGAAUACAUGUAACUCUUCAUACCAGUACAUCAUGUCCGGCUUUGGGUACAGCAGCACCCAAGUUCUUGACCACAACAACUACUACGUCUUUUCAACGUGUUCGUUAAGCUACAUCCAAAACUUCAUUCAAGGCAUCCUGGCAAACGGUACAAAUGCACAACAGGAAUGCUUACAGAAACCACUCGAGCCGGUGUCUGUGACCAACAUCACGGGGACGAUGCCGGGACAGCUGUACGACGUCCACACACAAUGUCAAAUGAUGUAUGGGCCGGGCUACUUCUUGAGAUUAGAUGUCGAUAUUGGUGGUUCUGAAAACAUAUGCAAGAGAAUGGCCUGUGGCAAAGAGGAGAUUGAGAUGUUCCACAACGCUGCCGAUGGAACACCGUGUGGCAAUAAAAAGUGGUGUGUUGCUGGGGAGUGUGUGUUUUCCAUAGAUGCACCGGGACAAAACAAUCCCGACUGUCUCUAUGGAAACCAGCCUGUCGUGUACCCUCAAAACAGGACCUGUGAUGAGCUGAUCAGCGCGACUCCCCGUCUGUGCUACACGUCUUAUUAUGGUGUCUGCUGUGAGGCGUGUCUCGACAACAAGAAGAAUGACGAGAACUGCCUGUAUGGAGAUCGCUAUGUUGACUGUGACACGGUCAUAACACAGAACACCACACGCCUGUGUUACAAUGAAGACAAUGCUGAAGGGUGUUGUGAAACAUGUUCUGCUUUUGUUUCGUCAUUAGCAACUACUACCACAACUACAACCACACCAACUACUACCACAACUACAACUACUACGUCAACAACUACCACGACUACAACAACUACUGCAACGCCAACUCCAACCACAACUAUCUCAAGAAGAGAGUCAAGUUCACCUACAACCACAUCAACACCAGCAGCAGCAGCACCUCCUGCAGCCACACCGGGCUUUCCUCCCAGUGAUUUCUUAACAGAACCACAAAAAAUACUGAUUGGAGCGAGCUUCGCGUUAGGCCUGGGGAUCCUCGUGAUCAUUGCUGUCGUCUUCUGUGUUAAACGAGGCAUUUGUGGAACAUGGACCAAAGAAAAAGCUCCACAGAUGCGGACUGAAGACGUGGAUUACACGGCUCCCCCUCUGGGAGUGUCUUCUCGGGGGUACUCCACGUACCAGCCACGGUUCUAAUGUUGGUGGAUGGGCUAAGCAAUAGUACCGAGUACAGGUUCAUCACAUUGAUGUACAAUCAUAGUUUCAAGCAGCAGCAGUGUGUGUGUGUGUGUGUGUGUGUGUGUGUGUG